ACCAAGGCAAGAUUCUCUACCUACGAGUUGCAAGGCUCAGGUGACAUAAUGCGGAGUUAAAUAACCUUUCGUCCAGUUCGUAUUCUUGUUCCUCAAUAUUUCCUAAACGAAAUAUGUGAAAAUCUGUGAAAAUAUGAUUAAGGAAUGGUUACAAUAUAUCUGGAUAUUCGCCCUUAGCUUUUUUACUAAUAAAUCACAAAAAAUAGCGAUGGGAGACGAGAAAAAACUUUCUUUAAUCGUGGUGGUAUCUUUAAUUUUAUGGGGAUUCUUUAAAAGACUCUCCGAGAAGUCAUCAGAGGACGCGGGCGGUCUAGAACAAAAUUUAUCACUUGGCUCCGUUCCAUCACUUCCACGCUCUUCCCAGAAGAAGCACCAACCAGUUGCGGAAUCGGAAAAUAUGGCCCUAGUACCGUCCGGCGGCGACUCCAUAGUCAAAGAAGAAGAGGUCGAGCAGAGCACGGAAACAUCUGUGUCGCAAGUGAGGAAAGAUUUGGGUAAUACCAAGAUAGCCGAAGAUGCCGCUAGUUUCCAUGGGACGCAUUCGUCGAAGGUAGUAGAGGAGACUGGAUCGUCGAGUCAAAAUUUGGAGUGCAGUGCGAAGGUAGUAAAGCAGUCCUCGCAAACCGUUACAGAAAACCGUAAGAACCAAUCUAAGGCAGAAACUCAACCCAAACCACCUUUAGAAUUACCAGAUAUAUACAAACCUUUAGAACCACUAAAGAAAUACGAACCUCUUAAACCAUUUGAACCACUACAACAAAUUGAAACUCCCAAAUCGUUUGAAUUAGCAAAGCAAUUAGUAUCUAGUGGCCAACUUGAAACUAGUAUCACCCCGGGGGAAGAGACGAAAGAUUUUAACGAAAACACCAUCGUACCAAAAGAAAAGGAGGAAGAAAAAGUAGCCUCAGCAUCAACGUUUAAACCUAUCGAUUCAAUCAAUCCAAUUAUGGAAGAUACAAAUAAAUCGUUUGAAUUGAUAAGACCUCUAGAAAUACAAUCUAAUGUAACUCCUAAACAAUAUGAACCAUUACAACCUUUUGAUGAAUUAAAAUCUGAAAAUAAUGUUAAUGAAAUCGAAGAAGUUGUUGAAAAUAAUGCUAAUUCAAAAAAAGAAAAUGAAGAAAUUGUGGGAAUUAAUAAUUUUGCAAUAAAAAAUAAUCUUGUAGAAAAGAAUAAUGUUGUAGAAAGCGAUAAAUUUGUAGAAACCAAUAAAGUAGACACCAAUAAUGAUUUAGAAAGCAGUAAUGUAGGGGGAAGCACUUUUAUUGAACCCCAAACCAAUACAAUAGAAGUUCCAGUUGUUGAAACAUCAGAUAAUGUUGUAAGUGAUGUAGAAUCAAGUGCAAGAAAUAGUUUAUUAGUAGACGAAAAUGAUCAAGAACCUUUUGAAUUAAGAACAUCAACCGGAGAAUUAUACGUACCUGUUGUCCCAUUAGCACCUUUAAACUUAGAAGAUUACCUAAAACCAAUAGUACCAACAACAAACUCAAACGCUGAAAUAAAACAAGAUCGAAUAAAAAAUUCAUUAAAAGAAAUUAUAUCGGAUUUAGACACAUUUGCCGAAAAAGAUAAAGAUCUUAAAGACUCCUUAGGAGAGCAACAUCUGGGAAAUGUACCGCCCAACUUUAAAGAACAACAAUCAUUACGAAAUCAGUGUGACUCACCGCGCAGCCAAGACAUGCAGACACUCAGCUUUACGAAAUGUGCUAGAUCCAAAAUGAGACCGGUAUCUUUGCCGCCCGAAAAUAUUUUGAAUCUCAUCAAAUGCGCUCAGAUUGCCCAAGAACUGAAUAAGGUCGGCAAGAUUGAUGAUGAACAGGAUGAAAACCAAGGACCUCGUCCGGCAAUUAGUUUGGAGAAGUUGUUUACUCCUGCAGAUGAUGCUCCUCAAAUACAACCUCAAUCAACAAAGAAAGUGUUUGCCUCGUCGUCUUUCUACGCUAAAGGAUUACAUCCGACGAUGGAAGAACAAGUUGAACUUGCUAAACGUAUAUCCAGUUCGUUGAGCGAUAUCAGUAACAAAACCAGUAAAGGACAAUCGAUGUAUGUUAAUAGGAAGAAGAGAUCCGUGAAAUGGGUACAUGAAGGUGAAGGCCAAGCAAAUGGAACACAAAAUGGGGAUAGCGUCAGAGAUACAACGCGUAGUAAAUCGCCUCUAAGGCUGGUUAUGAACCCCCAUGGUCAAGUUCAUGAUAUACAGUCGUUAAGAAGACAAGGAUACGAUAUCGAAUCUGCUCUAUCUCCGGACGUUUGUUUAGAAAUCGUUAAAGAUUUAAAUUCGCCGAAAGGAAAAGGAGCAGAGCUUUUUGCUAAACGUCGUAAAAGAUCUGAAAAGUGGAUUGUUGGUGGUGAUACGAACGGUGAGAAGGAAAAAGAAAACAGUAUUCCGGAUAUCGCCCCAUCACCUGUUACGGUUCUUCCGCCAAUUGCUCCAUUAAAUUUACCAACCCCGGGUUAUUUGCCAGAAACUACGCAAAGGAUGCAACACAAUCAAAAAUUAGACGAAAUCCAAGAGCGAUUUACGAGACCAAAGUUAAAGCUUGUAAAAUCACCUUGGGAUGCAGCUUUGGAAACUGGAUCCGUUGAAGCAGCUUUUGAAAAUCUAGCACCAGCUUGGCCCAACAAAGGAAACUAUGUAGCUCCAGUUGUGGAUUCGUACGAACAAGCUUUGAGAAGAGAUUCAUUGUCGACAUGGAGAGCUUCUCCAUCGAAUGGAUAUGGGAUGCAACCCGAAAAAGUUUUCGCCCACAAUCCAGCUUACAACAGCACAAGCAUCAAUAGGAUUGUUGAUAACUUGCAAAAGGGUAUGAGUAACGUUGACGUGUACAAACCCAAACAUCCACAAGCUUGGAAUUCUAAGUCGUCGCAGCAACCUCAAUAUAGUAGUGUACCUAUUAUUGUGCCGAUACCAGAACCGGAACCAAGAAGAAGUCCAUCACCAUAUCCAAACAUACCAGAUGUUAGUUCCACCCCAGAAAUUUUAGCCGAAACGAAAUCAAACAUAAUAAGACCUGUAACCCCAAUAAGAAAGGUGGAGGAUCCCAUUCCCGAUCCACCCCCUCGUCCUCGAUCGCCUUCCCCUUUUCCAAGCAUACCAGAUGUUACCACCGAACCCGAAAUUGUGCAAAAAGACGUUGAGUCCUUUAAAACUGCAAAAUUUGUCGAUCCAAAUAGACCAGUUUCGCCGUUUCCAAAGAUAGCGGAUGUAAAAUUAAAUCCUGAUUUAAUUGAGGAUGAUGUAAAAAAACUUCGUUUUAGUCCUAGAUUGGAACAACAGACUAAAAUUGAUAUUGAGGAAAAUAUCGAGGAGAGCAAAACAAUAUUGGAAAUUAAAAACGUGGAAAAAGUUGUUGAAAACGUAACUCCUAAAAGUAAGCAAAAUGAGAUCAAAGAUCUUAUGGAGAUUCCAUUUCCCACAAUACCAGAUUAUUCAAAAAAGGAAGAUUCAUUUGUACCAGAUCCUAAUUACAAACCAUUUUUCACUCCAAAGAAAGCAUACGCCCCUAUUAACUUAAACAAAAAGUAUAGUUUACCAAGCAAUCCUUUGCCGAAAAAAGAGGAAGAAAUGGAAAAAGCCGAAUUUAAUUUUGCCGUAGCCGAUACUGACUUUAAAGUAGCUGAGCAUGUUUUCACUGAAACCACUUCAAAUUCAAUUCGAUCAUUGCAAUCGGAAAUAUUUGAAAGUCAAGGUCAUUUUAACGCUAGAAGCGUUUCGCCGUUUAAAGUGUUUAUUCCAAAAUCCCCAGAACCGGUUCCUCCUGAAGAACCAGAACCAGAACCUGAACCCCAACCAGUUAUAAAAGAUCCAACCCCACCUAAAGAUAUGACCAAAAUGCAUAUCGCCGAUCCAGAAACAAGAAAACUAAUCGAUUCCCAAAAAGAAUGCUUCUCAGAAAUGAAAGAAAUCAAAAACGCUUAUAAAGAUGCCGAUGACAUGGUAUCUAAGUAUCCACUCCCAAUAAAAACUUCACAACUCGAUGAUGAUAAUGAGGUUAAAAAGAUUUUAGAUAAAAUGAAAAUUACACGGAGUGGUGUGGAUAACGAUAAGCAAGUACAAGAAGAAAUCAAAGUUGAAGAAAUAAACGAAGAUAAUCGGAAAGCGAGAGAAGAGACUUUGGUAAGAAGCGAAGUUUUGAAAGAAGUUGCAGAAGGUGGGAAAAUUGAACAAGCUCGCAAAACGGAAAUUAAAGAAGCUUCGGAAGUUAUUAAAGAAGAUAGCGGAUACAAAACUAAACAAGAACUGAAAGAAAACGAUAUGAAAAUGCAAACUUUUGAAGCCUCGAACGAUCAAAUACAAAUUAGAGGGUAUAGUACUUCGCAAGUUUCGUCGUCUUCGUCUUAUCAAACAAGCACUUCUUAUGGAAAUAAUGAAAAACAAAAAGAAAUUAGAGAUGUAUCACUAAAGAAAGAAGAAAGUCCUUUAAAGAUGGUGGAAACUCCAUUAAAGAAGGAAGAAAGUCCCCCGAAGAAAAAAAUUCCACCUCCAAUUGAAAAACCAAAAUAUAAAAAACCUCCAGAAACAAUUAUUGGGGCUCGUCCAUUAUUUGGGCAACUAAACAUUAAUGAGGAAUUUAAAAAAGCCGUUGAUCUACGUCAAUCAUCCAGAAUGAAAAAAGGAAAAGCCCAUCAACAAUCAACUUAUAUGGUACCCGCGGAAAUUCGAAAUGUGCAAAAUAUUAAUGAAUCAAUGUCGUCUCAAUAUUCCACCAAUGAAGUUGCUCAAGUUCAAACAAUUAAUAUUAGUGAAAAUGAGGAAGUUGAAAAGAUUUAUUAUCAAAGAGAACGAGAAUACGAAGUUGAUUAUCAAACGAUUCAAGAAGAAAUUAUCGUACCGUCUUUCACGUCGAAUGUGAAAUGUUACACAAAAUUAAACGAUGAUCAAAUUUAUCAAGAGGUUGAGUUACCGCCAAAAAUAUCAAUUGAAAUUUUGCCUCCACAGAAUUACGCGUACGGAAUUCAAGAGAAGAACGUAGAAAAGAUUGAAAGGGAAAAGUAUCAGCAACAAAAUCAAUUUAAUAUUCAACAAUUUUCGACGAGUAAAGAACAAUUUAUUCAUAAACCACAAGCGAAAUUGCCUACUAAUGGCCAACACAUCACUAAUGGUGAUUAUAUUAAAUGUAUUAAUGAUCAACAAUCGAAAUUAAAAUCAGUUGAGUAUUCGUAUCAAGAAAAUGUGGGAUCUCAAGAAGACGAAGAUGAGUACAAGAAAAUUCCUGUUAAGUCGUUGAUUAAAAAUUUUGAAAAAUCAGCUAUGCCUGCUUUAAGAGUUAAACAAAUUAGAGAUCCACUUCCUGAUGUAGUGGAGAAAUUAAAUUCUUCGCGAAGAGCUUCCAUCGACCAUUCAUCUUCGCAAACUGAUGUUUCUAAAUAUUAUACUUCACCGGCAGUGCAAGAACAGCAAUAUUUGCAACAAGCCGAAAAAGAUUUUGACAAUUUAUUCUAUAUUGCUAAUACAAACGUGGAAACUAAACAUUUUUACCCUGAUAAAAAACAAAGUUUUAACCAUGCAGAAAAUAGUUCUUUUAGAAAAUAUGAAACGCAAGAAACUUCCUCUGCUUUUGCUGCUUUUUCCGAACAAGCUUGUUAUGCCAAUCAAGCAUAUAUUGAAGGCUCAAGCACUCUUCCAAGAACGAUGACUAAAACUCCUCCAUCUCCAAGUUUUAAAGCAGCAGCAGCAACAACACCACCGGUUUUUAUCCCUAAAGAAACAUCAACUCCGUUAUCAAGUUAUCCACCUCAACCAAGUUAUUCUUCUCAACAAAGUUAUGGCUAUCAAGAUUACUCUCAAGUUUUACCAUCAUCCACCCCAAAAUUGGAUGUAGGUUCCCUUCAAAAUUAUAAUACCGCACCACGGGGAUGGGGUGAAAUAAGGGAUUUUUAUAAACCGGUAACUUUCGAUAAACCCAGAUCGCCAUUUACCGAUUUUUAAGAUCAAUACGAAUUGUAACAUAAUAUAUUAUUACAAUUGCUUAAAUUUUAAGACACUACUAAUAAAAAAAGAUGAUGUUUUCUUCGUUUAUUUGUUUUGUGUAAAUAUUUGAAGGUUUACUAUUCACCGUUUGCCUACGAACUAUUUCGACUGGAUCCAGAUUCUGGAUCGACAGAUGCGAGAUGUUUUUCGUUUUCUUUGAUUUUUUAGUAAGAUAACUUAUUAUGUAUAUAUGCUCUACUAAUUUCUAUUUUUAUUUUUCUUGUUAAAAAACUUCUUGCACAUAUUCUACUUACUAUCAGUGACUUUUUGUGUUUUCGAGUGUAUCAUUAUUUGAUGAUUGUAAACUGUAGUGCUGGUUAUUACAAAUAAAUUUAUUCGUAAAACUAUAACCAA